AUGUCUGGGAAUGAAUCUUUGGCAGCUUCUAGACGCUUGAAUAUUUUACUUAAUCAUCUUAAUAAUGAAGAGGAUAAUAAUCCAAAAGAAUGGCGGACUUUAUCGCCAAGUCAAUGUCUAACAGUCUGUACCAAUCGGGACAGAAAAUGGAACGGAUACGGUUAUAAAGAUACUGUUUUUAAAUUCGAUGAACGUGGAACUGCCUUUUCAACGGGAAACCGUUAUUCAAAUUUUAGUUCUAAAGAAUUUCAUGAACUUCGCCCAUGGCUUGAACAAACACUUCGAAUAAAUUUGAAAACUAUGUGUCCGGCUCAACCCAAUAUUAUAGAACUGGCUAGCCCUAAUGUUAAUCAUGAAUUUUAUGACGCAAUAAAACCUCAAGGAAUUAUGAUUUCAUUUGCCGAGCAAGACAGGUUGUCGCAUGGGCAUGGUAUUAGUACUGCUGAAAUUUAUAAGCUUAGACAUGGGAAUUUGACUCGAAUACCCGACGCGGUAGUUUGGCCAGAAAGCCACGAACAAGUAGAAACCAUUGUCCGAGCAGCUCUUAAAUUUAAUGUUGGUUGUAUUCCGUAUGGUGGUGGUUCAAAUGACGUUGAUGCUUUGGAGUGCCCUGAAGAAAAUGAAAAAAGAAUGAUAGUCUCUUUAGACAUGAGGCAAAUGAAUAGGAUUUUAUCAUUGAGUCGAGAAAAUAUGUAUGUUGUAGUUGAAGCCGGCGCUAUUGCCCAAGACCUCGAGAAAGAAUUGCGGAAAUGGGGUUUUACUUUAGGAUGGGACGCAGAAAUGGUUUGCAUUUAA